UCCCGCACUGUGGUUUUGCCUCCGAAGUAGCUGAACCUCCCGUCAGCCCAAAUUGUUCCGGACACAUAUGGCUAGUUCUGCACGGUUACUUCCAGUUUACGAAUUAGAUGAAGUUCCUUCGGUUGGGAAAUUCUUUCACUAUUUUCAAAUUUUAAAUUAAUGAGUGCUGGAUGUUCCCAUACCGAAAAUACUUGUUUUGUCCAUCCCUCGCUCUCAUUGAAAUCAGUUGGACACUCUGUGAGUGAGAGACUUAGACCGUAUUGAAAUCAGUCCUGGACCGUAGUCCUCUACCCUUGAACAACAUUCGUGACAAGAAGGAUGAGCAAAGAUGACACCGGUCUUCUGAAGAAGAGGAGCGAGUAUUCUUCGAGAAUCAAGGGAGCCCUCCUCCUCUUUUCUCCUGCGAGCACAAGAGAAUGCGCCAGAGGGCAUGGGGAAAUGAGUAGCUCAGAUUCUGAGUCCACGGAAAAGAAUGCAAGUCCGGUUGGGCACCUUGCAGACCAAGCAGGAGGCUGCUGCGGGUUAACUCUCUGGAGUUCUUGGGUCCCAAUGAUCACUUUCUUUGCAGAGUUUUCAUUCAGCCCCCUAUAUCUGGUCCCAUUACUAUAUGAUUCUACUGCUGAUGUGACAAAUAAUAAUUCCAAUUUUCCUUCAAUUGGAUAUGGACGCCUGACAUAUGGAUCAAUUUCUAGAUUGGUGGGCGUGUGAAGCACGAGGGGAAAAGCCAAGCUUUUACUGCUGAUUAGCAUUAGCCGUGAUUUCAGCUGUUUGGGUGCAACUUGGCACACCCUGUUACAAAGUGUGCAAGCUCUUGUACGGUGGCAGCUCGAGGAUUUGGUUACCUUUUCGUGUAAAUAGAUCCUGUAUUAGUAGGCCUCGUUCAGCAUGAGAGGUGUUUGACGUGUUUCUUUCUGCUAAGUAAGUUCUGAUGCUCAGUUCACAGUGUACGGAGACACUCUCAACAGGCCCAACUUUAAACUUCAUUCCAGUCCUUUGAUUCGGUUGCAUCAUCUUCUCAGUAAUACAUAUAAUAGAAGCCAAACCACGAAUAGAGAGUAAUAUCUUUCCUUUUUUAGCCAUAGGAUGAAAUUCACGGGCUGCUGUGGGCCGCAGUUACAGUUGUGUAUGCAUCUCUCACGCGUUUCCAUUAAUCCUCGUCCGAGCAAAUACGUGAAAUGAGUUUCAAACCUACUGUAAUGUUAUUGUACCUUACGUUUGUGACAUUCGCAAGCAUGUGAGUAUACUCCCUAAUGUGCCCAUAUUUAAAGUUCACUUAAUCUGGGGAAUUGCUCUUCUUUCUCUUUUCAGGUACUCGUUUGAGAGGGUUUCAUAUCUAUUAAGAGUGGUUCAGAAAUCGUUGAGGCCCACAAUUGC